AUGGCGGCGGUGAACUGCCUCUACGUCGCGGCCGCCUCCACGGCGGCCAGCGCCGCCGCGCUGCAGUGGUGGGCGUCCUCGCUCCUCGACGGAGACGCUGGGGCCGGCGGGGAUGGAGACUGGCUUGGAGCCGUGCUGCGGUCGAGGGUCACCGUCGCGCUUCUGGCGAAUCUGGCGGCCCACGUGUUCCUCGUCGUCAUCCUCGCGCUCAAGACUCUAUUUUUUGUUCAGCUAACUUCUAUAGAGACCAGAAAAGUGUUGGAGCACAUCAUUAACUAUGUAAUUUACAAGGGAACUUUUCUCCCACUGGUUGUGCCUCCUACUUCUCAGCAAAUUAUCCUUUGGUCAACUUGGUUGGUCAUUCUUUGUUCACUGAAGAUGUUUCAAUCAUUGGCCAGAGAACGUCUAGAGCAGCUGAAUGCUUCUCCCUCAGCGACUCCUUCAAAUUAUUUCCGUGUGUACUCUGCAUUGCUUCUGGUUUUAUCAGCUGAUCUGCUUUGGAUGUGGCUCUGUGUAGGGUUCUGCAGCUCCUGUAAUUCCAAGUUGUUUUGGCUCCUGUUCUUUGAACCACUUAGUAUUGCCUUUGAUACACUGCAGUCUAUCAUGGUGCAUGGGUUUCAGUUAUUUGACAUCUGGCAACGGCAUCUUAUGGAAAGUGGUGCAGACUUUCUUGAUUUCCAGAAAUCUUAUAAGCAAGCAGCAGGAUCUUUUUCUGAAUGGAGGGGCAAGCUUACUAGGAACUUUGGUUUUGCCAUUGAUUUGAUAAGCUUGUUGAUGUCACUUGGUCAUUACUCGAUGAUCUUUUGGCUUCGUGGUAUGGCGUUUCAUCUGGUUGAUGCAGUUCUCUUAUUGAACUUGCGUGCUCUUAUAGUUUCCUUUUUGAAGAGGAUUAAAACUUACAUCAAGUUACGGAAGUCACUUAGUUCACUCGAUGGAGCACUUCCAGAUGCUACGUAUGAUGAAAUCUGUGCAUAUGAUGAUGAGUGUGCCAUCUGCAGGGGACCAAUGGGUCGAGCUAAAAAGUUGUCCUGCAACCAUCUAUUUCAUCUAGCUUGUUUGCGAUCAUGGUUGGAUCAAGGGCUAAUGGAAGGUUACUCCUGUCCAACUUGUCGGAGACCGCUCUUAUUGUCAUCUGAAGGGCAAACAAGGUCUACGACUGCGGAGGUAGCAAAUGUUCAGCGAAUUGCGGAACAGCUUACUAUGGGGAUGAAUCAGCAGAGAGUUCCUGGUAAUGACCAUCCUGUUGAACAGCAGAACCCUUCAGAUGCUGUUUGGAGAGGUGUUGGUCUGGAUGCUAGCUGGAUUCCACCGUGGUCAAGCCCUGUGAUGGACAAUCCCAGUUCCUCUAGUGCAGUGAGGUCAGUAGGUCUUACUGGAGUUCAUAUGAUGAUGAGGCAGUUGGCUUCUGUGACAGACAAUUAUGGGCAUGCUGAUGGUACCUGGAACCUAUGGCCCGAGCCGAUGGCAGGGUCCUCUCUUGUUCCAUCCACUUCCUCGAUGCCUGGUAGUGCAUCUGCUUCUGGAUUGCGGCUCCGUGGUAGUGCAGACACAGGCAAUGGAAGUCUUUCAGAGGUACUCACUAUGGUAGAUAGAGUGCGGGAAGUUCUACCUCAUAUCCCUGAUGAGCUAAUUAUAGAGGAUUUGAUGAGGACAAACAACAUAAACGCGACUGUGAAUAAUCUUCUGCUGAUGCAGUAG